GAGGUUGGAAAGAAAAAGAAAAGAAAAAAGAGCUAGGAAGAGAGAUAGAGGCGCAAAUGGAGUGGAAGAAAUGGUACUUGGAUGCUAUUCUUGUGCCCUUAGCUCUUGUGAUGAUGCUUUGUUACCACAUCUACUUGUGCUUCAUGGUUCGAACCCAUCCCUUCUCCACCCUCCUCGGCAUUAACUCUCGCGGCCGCCGGAUCUGGAUUUGUUCUAUGAUCAAGGAGAAUCAAAAGAUGAACAUAUUGGCCGUACAAACACUGCGUAACAUAAUAAUGGGAGCUACACUGAUGGCCACAACAUGCGUGCUCCUCUGCGCCGGUCUAGCCGCGGUGUUAAGCAGCACCUACAGCAUCAAGAAGCCACUAAACGACGCCGCUUUUCUUGGAGCUCACGGAGAUUUUGCCAUAUCUAUCAAAUACCUAACAAUUCUCACCAUUUUCAUCUUCUCCUUCUUCUUCCACUCCCUCUGCAUCCGUUUCUUAAACCAAGUCGCCAUUCUCGUUAACAUCCCUAAUUUAGACCCUAAUCUUUCCGGUUGCUUAUUCCUCACGUCUGAGCACGUCAGCGAGAUGUUCGAGAAGGGUAUCUUUCUCAACACGGUAGGGAACAGGUUGUUCUACGCCGGGUUUUCACUGAUGCUGUGGAUCUUUGGUCCCAUCCUCGUGUUCUUGAGCGUUUUGGGGAUGGUUCUUGUUCUUUAUAACCUCGAUUUCGUGUCGGCCAACGAUAAGAAAGAGAAACAACGUGUAGUUGAUUGCCGUCGCGCCUCUGAUCUUCUAAAUGAUGGUGAUGACUGAUGAUGAUGCUAUAUGAUUUUUCUUUUGUUUAAGGAUGAUGCAUGAAGUAGUAAAAGACGGUGAUGAUGUUAUAUUCUCCGGAUUGUUAAAUAUAUGCACGUGGAAGAGUUUCUCUAUAACCUCUAGCUUUCAGUCUCUCAUUAGUCGUUACCAAAUAGACGCCAUGAGUUCUUUUGGUUGGAAAAAUAUUAUAUAUUCCGUUUUGUAAACAGAAAGAAGAUUCUAAACAAAAUUACUACACUAA